AGAAAAAAAUAGAGUACCAAUAGAAAACGAAAGAAGAGUUUCGCGGAAAAAUAUUUAUUUUUCUGCGCGAUUUUCUUUACAGCCAAACAGGAAUUCUAGGCCAUUCCAGGAAACUGCCCAGCCUUGUCCGUCUUCAACACUAUCUUAUUCAAUUUCUAUUCACUGAAUACGAUCUCUCUGCUCUUUGAUGUGAUUCGUUCGGUUUUAGGCUUUGGUUUUGAGCGGGUUUUGACGAAUCAAUGAAGCCGAUACGGCUUCCUGAGCCACCUGGUCCCAAAGUGAACAUGGGCGUUGCAGACAUCUUCGAAGGCGGCGUUUAUGGUGUCAUUAGACGAGCCGUUGUAAUUGGCAACGGCUUUCCUUCCUCUGAGAAUCAGAGCAUUGGUUUGGUUCGCGCUCUUGGCCUAGCCGAUAAGCAUGUCUUAUAUCGAGUAACAAGACCAAGGGGAGGAGUAAAUGAGUGGCUCCAUUGGCUUCCAGUUUCUCUUCACAAAAAAUUAUAUUACAUCUUACAGCAGAUCUCAAAAUUUAUUUUAAAAUCUAAAGGUCAUAGAGUUAUGACUUUACCUUCAGAAAAUGGUGGACGCAUGGGCUUGUCAUCUAUUUUGGAAGCUGAUGUGAAGCAAAUUGUAAACAUGGCUCGUGAGACUUCUGAAAAGGAUGGACCUUUAUUGGUGGUUGCUUCUGGCAGGGAUACCAUUCCCAUUGCAAGUUCCAUAAAACGUUUAGCACCUGAAAAUGUUUUUGUUGUUCAGAUUCAACAUCCCAGAAAACAAUUGAAUCGGUUCGACUUGGUCGUCACUCCCCAACAUGAUUAUUAUCCUUUGACACCUGAAGGGCAAGAGCAGGUUCCUCGAUUUCUUAGGAAGUGGAUUACUCCUCAGGAACCCCCUGACAAGCAUGUGGUCCUCACAGUGGGAGCUUUACAUCAAAUUGAUUCUACUGCUCUUCGUAGUGCAGCCAGUACAUGGCAUGAUGAAUUUGCACCUCUCCCAAAGCCCUUACUUGUGGUUUAUGUUGGUGGGCCUACAGGCUGUUGUCGAUUUGGUGCGGACCUUGCAAAGCAGUUGACAUCCAGUUUGCUCAGUGUUCUUGCAAGCUGUGGAACUAUCAAAAUAUGUUUUGCUGAUAGGACUCCCGACAAGGUGUCUAAUAUUAUUUUGAAGGAGCUUGGUGAUAAUCCAAAAGUUUACAUUUGGCAUGGUGAAGAACCAAAUCCUCACAUGGGAAAUGUGGCUUGGGCUGAUGCUUUCGUUGUGACAGCAGAUUCUGUUAGUCUGAUAAGUGAGGUUUGCAGCACUGGGAAACCUGUCUACGUUAUGGGUGCUGAGAAAUGUAGAUGGAAACUCUCUGAUUUCCACAAGUCUCUGAUGAAUCGAGGAGUAGUUCGGCCAUUUACAGGUUCUGAGGAUAUUAGAGAAAGCUGGAGUUAUCCUCCCCUAAAUGAUACUGCAGAAGCAGCGGCAAAGGUACAUGAAGCACUUGCUCAGCGUGGAUGGAGACUGCGGCCAUAGAAGGCAUGUUGAUCGUCACAGUUCGUUUGAUUGUGGUUGGCUUGUAACAGUUUUCUGAAGAAAAAAAGGGUUUUGAUCUUUAGGUAUAUUCAAUUCAAUAGUGCAUAUAGGGGAAGAUAACCUACAAAGGAUAUUUUUUUUUGAAAUUCAAUUUAUUUCCCCUUUUGGGGCAUUGCUACGUAUGGAAUAAAGGAUUGUUCUUGCUGCUCAGAGGAGUUGGCUGCAAUGUUUGUUCUAUAAUUUUUUCUUUUUUUUUUUGUAAUAUAAACCCACAUGUAUUUUUCUUCUCAUUGUACAAAGAUGCAAUGUCAAGAUAUAUUCUUUCCUUUGAACAUCUGUAUUCAAAUGAAGCUACUGUUUGGAUAGUUCAGUCCAUUUCUUUGGUUCA